AUCAAUGCUGAAGACUCGCACGUUCUGCAAAAAAAAUCCCCAAACAAUUGAAUGGAAGGAAGUUGCUCGUCACGGACUUUUUCCCUCCGUGAAGGCGCAUUUCCUUCCUAGCACUGGCUUCUCACUUAUCUCGCUUGUGUGGAGAAGUAUGGGGAACGGCUGACCAGCUGCAAAAUGGAUCGGGGAUUUGCACUGCUGAUUCUGAGCUGCCUACAUUGGGGCCUCUCAGGGGGCUUUCUCAUUCUUCAUGACCAGAAAAAUCAGUGCAUUAUUGUAAGCAAGAUUGUAAGUGUUGGAAGAUGCAACAUGACCAGCCGUGGCCAGCAGUGGAAAUGGACAGAGGAUGGAAAGCUUCAACAUAUGAAGUCUGCUAUGUGUCUUGGUAUCUCAAAUUCUUCAGCUGCACACUCACGCCCAGCCUUAAUGUUGUCCUGUUUUAAGGCCCCUAAGUGGACAUGCUAUGAAAAUCUACUUGAGGUUGCAGAGACAUCUCUUUUUCUCAGAAAACAAGGGCCAAGGCUUGUAGUAAGAAAGGGUAUGAAAUACCCCAAUACCUGGAGAAGGAUUGAAGUGGAUGAUCAAGGAGUGGCUACCAACUGGAGCUUAUGCACAGAGCCACCAACCAACAGCCCAAGUACAACAAAGCCACCAACCAACAGGCCAAGUACAACAAAGCCACCAACCAACAGGCCAAGUACAACAAAGCCACCAACCAACAGGCCAAGUACAACAAAGCCACCAACCAACAGGCCAAGUACAACAAAGCCACCAACAAACAGGCCAAGUACAACAAAGCCAUCAACCAACAGGCCAAGUACAGCAAAGUCACCAACCAACAGGUCAAGUACAACAAAGUCACCAACAAACAGGCCAAGUACAACAAAGCCACCAACCAACAGGUCAAGUACAGCAGAGUCACCAACCAACAGGUCAAGUACAACAAAGUCACCAACAAACAGUACAAGUACAACAAUGCCACUAACCAAGAACCCAAGUAUAACAAAGCCACCAACCAACCACCCAAGUCCAACAACAAAUGAUGUUUCAAAUGGCACCUCCACGCCAUUAAUACUGAUGGCCAACAGCACAGAAUUAAAUAGUCCAAAUGGCACAAGCUGGUAUGUUAGUGACCUGAGCCCUACUGUAGCUACAGACGUCUUUCUUCCUACAACUACACAACUUAAUGAAAACUCAAUUGCAGAGAAUGUGGAACCAGUGAAAUGUACAAUCAACAAUACAGAUGUAACGGUUACCUCACAGUCUAUUUACUUAGAGUGGACCAGUCCUGGCAGUCACUGCAACUUCAGUUUGACCUGCAGCUCCCACAACUUUUGGGAAAUCACCUGCAACCCCAUCCAAAAGUCUAAUGACUCUUAUGAAUGCACACUGAGUGGACUUGAGGCUGGAACAGUCUUUGACCUAAGGAUUGUAUCGCUACAAGAUGGCGAAAUGAAGAAUCUCUCCCUACAGACAGAUCCAUUGCCACCUUCAAACUUUGUCGUAAAUAAGAAUUCAGUCACAUCAUCAAGUGUUCAAGCUAACUGGGCACCGUCUUCAGGCAAAGUGGAUCUCUACAAAGUGAAAUUACUCGAUAGCAAAAAAGAAAUUGUUCAGGAGAUUGAAGUUUCUGGAAUAAGCUUAACAAAGGAAGUGACAUUUAAGAACCUUACUCCAGGCACCAAAUAUAGCAUUGAGAUAACUGCAAUUUCUGGGAACAAGAGGUCACCAACAUCUGUGAUCAAUGCAUCUACAGUUCCAUCUACUGUGAAGAGUAUUGAUGCUAACAGCAAAACAGACACCAUUGAUGCCUCAUGGAAGCCUGGCCAUGGAAACAUUGAUAGCUACAAACUUAUCUUAUUAAAUGAAGAUCGCAAAAUAACAGAAGUUGUCCUGGAACAAAAUAUCACUUCAUACAGUUUUCAUGGGCUUCUCCCAGGAUAUGUUUAUAACCUGACAGUGAUCUCUGAAGCAGCUGGUCUGAGAACCUGGAACUCUAAAUUAAUAAGAACAGCUCCGGCUGAAGUGCAAGCCAUAUCUGUACAAAGUGAUGGCAGGACGGAUGCGCUAAAGGUUCAGUGGAAAGAACCUCGAGGCAAGCUAGAUUUCUACAAUGUCACCUUAUCUGAUACUGGUUCUAUAAAAUACAGCAGGACUGUGCAUCCAGGAACACCCACAGAGAUCACCUUUACUGGCCUCACCCCAGGACACCUUUAUCAGGUCGGCAUCAGCACCAUUGCUGGGGAAUUAAGCACAAGCAGGAUGGCAACUGGCCAAACAAUCCCUGAAAAAGUUGCAGAUCUAAAGGCGGUUAGUAAUGGUUUGAGAUCUCUGAGACUGAGUUGGGUGCCACCUUCUGGAGACUGGGACAAGUACAAUAUAGUGCUUUACAACAAUACAGCUGUUUUGGUGAACACCACAAUAGACAAAAAGUACAGAGAGUAUGUUAUACAGGAUAUUGGGCUUAUACCUGGAAGACAAUAUGAGGCUGUCGUUAUUGUAGAGAGUGGAAAAUUUAAAAACCUUGCUCGCUGCAAAGGCAGAACAGCUCCACCGGCUGUCAUGGACCUUCGGUUAAAGCAUGCUAACGAAUCUUCCCUUACUAUCAUGUGGGUAAUGCCAGUUGCGGAAUGGGAUAACUAUGUGGUUUCACUUGCUGACAGGGAUCUUACUCCUGUUAACAAAGUUCUGUCUAAAGAAGCCAAAGAGUUCACUUUUAAUCAUUUGGCACAAGGACGAAAAUAUAUAGCAACAGUUACCAGCAUAAGUGGAGAUCUAAGCAGCCGUGCUUCUGUUGAAGGAAGAACAGUCCCAGCACAGGUGACUAACUUGAAUGUUGAAAACCAAGGAACAACCUCAAGUUUGCAUGCAGAUUGGACAAAAGCUCCUGGGGAUGUUGACUCUUACCAAGUUCUUCUAAUUCAUGAAAAAAUAGUAAUCAAAAAUGAAACCGUUUCAAAUGAAAUUAAUAAAUACAGUUUUCACUCGCUAAAACCUGGGGGUCUUUAUUCUGUUGUGGUAACCACUGUUAGUGGAGGCAUCUCAUCCAGACAAACAGUGUCAGAAGGAAGAACAGUUCCCUCUAGCGUGAACAGGGUCACAAUUAAUAAUUUUGGUCGAAGUGACUAUCUCAGUAUUUCAUGGCAACCAGCUGCUGGGGAUGUGGACAUCUAUUUUGUUACCCUGUCUCAUCAGAAUAACAUCCUACCAUCUCUAGCAAUAUCAAAAUCUGUCAAUGAGUGCUCAUUUAGCUCUCUUACUGCUGGUCGGCUUUACAAUGUUACAGUAACCACCAAAAGUGGGAAGUAUGAGAACCAUUCCUAUAGCCAAGAAUGGACAGUUCCAUCUGCUGUUCAGGGGCUUGCUGUGAACAAUGCAGCAAGGAGCGAUUAUCUCAAAGCUUCUUGGUUACGUGCUGUUGGAGACUUUGAUAUUUACCAAGUUACCAUUAAGAAUAACAAUGACUUUAUACAAAUCAAAGAUGUCACCAAGACAGAAAAUGAAUGUGUCUUUACAAAUCUUGUACCAGGAAGGCUCUACAGCAUCACUGUUAUGACCAAGAGUGGGAAUUACAAGGCCAGUGCCAUGGCAAGUGGCAGAACCUUCCCUGAGGCUGUAAAGAAGCUCACUCUUGCAGAAAGAAGCAGUGAGGAGCUCCAUGUGACAUGGUCCAGAGCUGAUGGGGAUGUGGAUCACUAUGAAAUCCAGCUGCUUUUCAAUGACAUGAAGGUUUUUCCACCAAUAACUCUAAAUAACACUGCAGACGAAUACAAGUUCACCUCUCUGACCCCUGGGCGACUUUAUAAAAUUGUUGUGCUGACAUUUAGCGGUGAAGCCCAGAGGGCAAUGUUUGUGGAAGCCUUGACAGUUCCAAGUACAGUAAAGAACAUUCAUAUUUCACCAAAUGGAAUGACAAACAGCCUUAAAGUGAACUGGACCCCAGGAGGAGGCGAUGUGGACUCUUAUACUGUGUCCAUAUUUCACCAUAAUUCCCCAAUUGGAUCUCACACUACGUCCAAACACAUUUUUGAGCAUACCUUUCAAAACCUGAACCCAGGAGAGCUUUACAAAGUGGAUGUCCAGACAAACAGUGGUUCAUUACACAAAAGCUUAGAAUCCUUUGGACGUACAAUUCCAGCUACUGUACAUAGUCUGUCUGCAGAUAAUGCAUACAGUAGUCACUUGUUGAUAGUCAGCUGGCAGAGCGCCAAGGGUGUCACUGACAGAUAUGAUAUCCUUCUUCUGUCGGACCAUGGCAUUGUAAUAACUAAUAAAUCUGUGCCCAUCAUGGCUAAGUCUCACAAGUUUGAAGACUUAGUUCCUGGCAAAAAAUACAGAAUCCAAGUUUUCACAGUAAGCGGAGGCCUCUUCAGCGCAGCUGUUGAAACAGAAGGACAAACAGUCCCUGCAGCAGUAAGUGAUGUGAAAAUCACAGGGAAUAGCACAGACAGUUUAUCUUUCACAUGGAACAGCUCAGAGGGAGAGCUCGACUCCUAUGGAAUAUUCCUGUACAACCCAGAUAACUCUCUUCAUGACAGAAAGUCAGGCAACCCAGAUCUUCGACACUGCUCUUUCCAGGGGUUACUGCCAGGCCGUCUCUACAAAAUGGUGAUAGUUACUCAUAGCGGAUCACUGACAAAUGAGUCUUCAAUCCAUGGAAGGACAGUCCCAGCUCCUGUCAGCUCUUUACAAGUAUCAAACAGAAACACAUCUGAAAGUCUGUGGUUUACAUGGGCACCAGCACUGGGAGAUGUGGACAUUUAUGAACUGAUUCUUUAUAAUCCCAAUGGCACUGAGAAAGAGAAAAUACAAGACAAAGAUCUUACUGAAAGCCAUUUCCAGAACUUGGUCCCAGGCAGACUGUACACGCUUGUUAUAUUCACCCAUAGUGGAGACCUGUUUAACAAGGCCACAGCAGUUGGAAGGACAGCACCUCAACCUCCUAAUUCUGUAUCAUUUGCUGAUGUCAAAAUCAACUCAUUGUCCAUAAUGUGGCUUGGUCCUCCUGACUGGACAGAUUAUGAUGACUUUGAACUCCAGUGGUCACCAAAGGAUCUGUUGGUGGUGGUAAACCCUUACAGUAUUGGCAGAUCUAAAGGACGAAUUAUAAAUGGCCUGUACCCUGGGCGUCAGUACACGUUUGGAGUUCAAAGUGUCAGCGGGAACACAGGGAAGACUUUAAGCCCAGCCAUUUUUGGAACAGUAAGGACAAAACCUGACAAGAUACAUCAUCUUCAUUGCCGUCCACAAACAUCCACUGCCAUCUCCUGCUCAUGGACACCACCAGACUCAGACUUUGAUGGGUACAGUGUUGAGUGCAGAAGAAAUGGAAGUGAUGAUGUAGAGUUUUCCAAACGCAUAGAAAAAGACAAAUCAUCAAUCACAAUCUCAACCCUAGUACCACACAAGAGAUAUGUGGUUUCAAUCAAAGUGCACUCUGCUGACAUGACUAGUCAAGUAAUUGAAGAUAGCGCUAUAACAAUGAUAGAUCGCCCUCCUCCGCCACCUCUUUUAAUCAGAGUGAAUAAAAAAGAUACAUUCAUUAGCAAGUCAUCAAUCCACUUCAGAUUUAAUUGCAGUUGGUUCAGUGACACCAAUGGAGCUGUCAAAUAUUUCACUGUGAUUGUUUCGGAAGCAGAUGGCAAUGACAACCAGAGGCCUGAGGCAAGCCUUCCUUUGCCAUCAUAUGCAGAUUAUAAAACAAAUAAGUCCACUAAAAUUUACCAGACUAGCUACUUUCCAAGUCGAUGUGCAGAGAACCCUGACUACAAUAUCCAGAGUUACAAAAUUAAGCUGGGUACAGGAAUGGAACUUUUGGGUGGCAAAUGUGAUCAGAAUGAAAAUAAAUACUGUGAUGGACCACUGAGUCCAAGGACAUCCUACAGGAUAAGUGUCAGAGCUUUUACCCAACUAUUUACUGAAGAAAUGAGGACAUUCCCUGAGCCACUGUAUAGUGACACUUUCUUCUCCUUGCCAAUCACAACGGAAGCAGAGCCUUUAUUUGGUGUUAUAGAAGGUGUAAGCGGUGGCAUGUUCGUCAUUAUCAUGAUCAUUGUGCUCACUGUGCUACUCAUCUACCGGCAAAAAAAGAAGAGAGUGUAUGAGCAGGAUCCAAUGACCACACAUCUGAGUUCACAAAUAGAAAGGAUUCCAUCAGUCCAUCUAAAUGUUGGCCACAUACAAAUAGGAGACAGAAUCUCAUCAAGGCCUAUUCUAACUGCCCAGUUUGAAGAACAUUUCAGCAAGCUUCAGACCGAUUCCAAUUACUUGCUUUCUCGGGAGUAUGAGAACCUUAAAGAUUUUGGUCGAGACCAGUCUUCUGAUACUGCCCUUCUCCCAGAAAACAGAGGAAAGAAUAGAUAUAGCAACAUAUUGCCCUAUGAUUCCACAAGAGUGAAACUUGCCAACGUUGACGAUGACCCCUGUUCAGACUAUAUUAACGCCAGCUAUAUGCCAGGCAUCAACUUUCGGAGAGAAUAUAUUGCUACACAAGGGCCUUUACCAGCAACCAAAGAUGAUUUCUGGAAAAUGGUGUGGGAACAAAAUGUUCACAUCAUUGUGAUGGUGACACAGUGUACAGAGAGAGGACGGGCAAAAUGCGAUCAUUAUUGGCCCAUGGACCAAGACUCAUACUAUUACGGAGACCUGAUAGUACAAAUGCUGUCAGAAUCUGUGCUUCCUGAAUGGACAAUAAGGGAAUUUAAAAUCUGCAGUGAAGAUCAAAUUGAUGCACCACGACUAGUCCGUCAUUUCCACUAUACAGUGUGGCCAGAUCAUGGGGUGCCAGAAACCACCCAAUCACUGAUCCAGUUUGUAAGAACAGUCAGAGACUAUAUUAACAGAACUCCUGGAAGUGGCCCUACUGUGGUGCACUGCAGUGCUGGUGUUGGCAGAACUGGCACAUUCAUUGUACUGGACCGAAUGCUUCAACAAGUUGAUACAGUGGAUUCAGUGGAUAUAUUUGGAGCUGUUAGGGACCUCCGAAUUCACCGGAUGUACAUGGUGCAGACCGAGUGUCAGUACGUCUAUUUGUAUCAAUGUGUAAGAGACGUCUUAAGAGCCAGGAAACUUCGCAAUGAACAGGACAAUCCCUUGUUUCCAAUAUAUGAAAAUGUGAAUCCAGAGUAUCACAGAGAUGCUGUUUAUUUAAGGCAUUAAGUAUUCCUCGGAGACCAUCUUCUACAGUGUUACUCUAUAUUUUCCAAGCAAUAAACAGUGCCUGUACUGGU